AUGGCAACGAUCGAUCCCACCUCAGGCACGUCCCCUGUGACUCAACCAGACCCUCCGCUGGCGUCCAGCAACGUCUCUCCUGUAUUCGACCCUCAAAAGGUCACGGUUCUCUUCAUCCUCGGCGGACCUGGCGCUGGCAAAGGCACACAAUCCGCCAAUUUGGUGCGGGAUUUCGGAUUUGUACACCUUUCGGCGGGGGAUCUGCUGAGAGAAGAGCAAAAUAACCCGGAAAGCAAAUAUGGGCAACUCAUCAAGGACUACAUCAAAGAAGGGCUCAUCCUGCCAAUGGAAGUUACGGUCAAGCUUCUGGAGAAUGCAAUGCGGGCAAACUUGCAAGAUGACGGCGCAGGCAAAUUCUUGAUCGACGGAUUCCCUCGCAAGAUGGACCAAGCUGUCUUUUUCGAGCAAACUGUAUGCCCUUCCAAAUGUACAGUCUUCCUUGACUGCCCGGAGGAAGUGAUGAGGGCGCGGUUGUUGAACAGAGGCAAGACGAGCGGCAGAUCGGAUGACAACGAAGAGAGCAUUGUCAAGAGGUUCAAGACAUUUGUCGAGACGAGCAUGCCGGUGGUGGAUCACUUUGCCCAGGAGGGUAGAGUGAUCAAGGUAUCUGCGGAUGCGACAGUCGACGAGGUGUACGAGCGUCUCGUCAAGGCUCUAGAAGAAAAGGGCAUCUCGCCAGCGCAGCCCGCCCCGGAGCAGAAGCACAUGCCGACCGAAAGUUCAUGA